UUAGUAUUUUAAAAAUGUUAAGCGUCAGUAAUUCAUUAUUUAAGUUCGUAUUAUUAAAAUUGGAAUUGAAAUUUUUGAUAUAUACGUUUUAUGUCUUAAUUCAAAGUACUUCUCUAAAGUAAUCACAGCAUACAUUAAAAAAUAAUUAAUGUAAUACUGAGUUAACUAUGUUUUAUUAAUUUUCAAAAUUUGAAAUGUGAAUUUACAAUAGACAUAACUGUCAAAAUGAUGUCCAUACCAAAUAACAAUCUUAAAUUAGCCGUAGAAAUGGCUAGUCGAGUAGAAACAGCUCUUGCAAAACGGAUGAGUGAUCAGUCUGAAGCUCAGGGAUCACCUCAACAACAAUCACCACAACUGAAAACUCAAUUUGAGAUAAAUGACUUAGCUGAUACAGAUAGAAUAUUACUUACUAGCAAGUCCAUUCAGAAUGAUAUAGAAGAAUUUUCUGGUACUAUAAUUGUGACCAGAGGUCGCUAUUUGACACCAAAGGAAAAAAACCAAGCAUCAUCUGAGCGGUCAUUACAUUUAUUGAUAAAAGGUCCAAAAAAACAAAAUUUAGAUCUUGCUAUACAAAAAAUACAAUCAUUAAUUCAACGUGACAAAGAUAUGUCAAAACAUCCUAAUCUAACAUCUGGUCCUUUGAUCAAUGGAGCUGGAAUAGAAAAAGUAUUAAUUGGAUUAGAUCAUGCACCACCUGCCUUUGAUCUUAGAAAUAAAAUUCUUGGUGUGAAUGGUGCAAAUCUCCAUUAUAUUAUGAAUGAAACUGGAGCUGUAGUGACAAUGAGAGGCAGAGGUUCAGGAUUUAUAGAAGCAAAUGGACAAGAAUCAGUAGAACCAUUACAUCUAUGCGUAGAACAUGCCAAAAAUGAAGUAUUACAAAAUGGAAGACAAUUAGCUUUUAAUUUAAUAGAAACUAUUCAAAAUGAAUAUAGUGCUACUUAUGGUUCUAAUCAUGUUGCAUCGUCAUCUAAUGUUAAUCAUCAGAACCCAACUGUUCAUAUUCAGCAACCUAUUAUUCAACAGAGUUUACAAACAAAUAAUGGACAAAUGCAGCAGUUAAAUCCUACACAAUAUCAGACUAUACAAGUAGCUGCUCAACCAAACAUGAUGCCACUACAAGAUAACUCACAAAUGGUUCAGACUUCUGUUUCUAAUGUUCAGAUGCCUUUAUUUACUCAGCAAGGGGUUCCUCAAAUAAUGGCUGUACCAUCUCCUGUUUUGGGAAAUCAUCAGCAACAUCAAUCAACACAAAAUCCUCAAGGUCCAACACAUAUUGCCUCAAUAGCACAGCCUCAGGCAUCAAUUAUUUCUCAAAUUCAAGCACAAGUAGUUAAUCCACAACAACAACAAAUUCCUUUGUCUAUUACCCCAGUUAGUUACUCAACAAUUCAACAACAUCAGAUUCAUCAACAACAACAGACUAAAAGUUUGGAAAAUGUUCAACAUAAUCCAUCUGUUACUCAUACUACUCCAACAUCAUUAGCUAAUGGUGUUAUACCCCAUACACAAGCUUUUAUGACUCAAGCCACUCUUCCCAUUCAAUAUAUCCAAACAUCAAAUGGUCAGAUUAUUGCUUAUCAACCUCAAGUACAAUCAAAUGCAUUUCAAAUGACUCAAACUCCAAAUGUUAGUCAAGUGACACAAUUAAAUCAACCUACAAAUACAGGUUUAAUUGGUACAACUUACAUUUUGGGUAGUCAAGUUGCACAGUACCAACAACCAGCUAGCCAACCUGGUCAGGUAAUGAUAGUUCAAUAUCAACAACCAACUCCUGAAAUUCAACAGCCUACACUACAAACUAUUCACCUCCAACAAACUCAAUCAGGUCAACUUAUUCCCGCUAAUAUUCCAAAUGGACAAUUAAUAGUACAGCAAACACCUGGUCAACCUGCUCAAAUACAAAUGAUGAUGCCUCAGUUAAACCAAUUUCAAAAUAUACAACCACAAAUUAUACAAAAUUUGCCGGGUUUACUGCAAACACAGACUAACCAUGCACAAACUCAACAACUUUUAAUCCAACAACAAAGUAAAGCUUUUACCCAACAGACACCAACACAAAAUGGGAAUCAAAUAAUGUCAUUACCCAUUUCUCAUCAAAUUUUGCAAACUCAAGGAAAUGGUAUUGUUACAAUGGCACUUCCACAACAACAACAACCACCCAAACCACACCAUCAAAUAAUUCAAACUCAAAUUUCGGAUAAACAGCAAGUUAUUUACAAACAAGAAGAAACUUCUCACCAACCAAUCAUGAUUCAACAAGGACAACAGCAAUCUGUUCAUUAUUAUCAACAAAGUAAUCAGUUUCAAUAUCAACCUGUUAAGAGAUCUUAUGAAAUGAUAGUAUCAGAAGGCGGAGGGAUGUCUGGAACAAAAAUCAUAAGAACUGGACCAUCUCCAAUUACUGGUAACAAUGAGAAUAUUGAUGAUAACCAAGUACGUCAUAUAACCAUUAAUGGUAUGGUUCAAACUUCAAAUACUGGAAGGCGUACUCCACAAACAAAUUUUCAACAACAACCUACAUUAAAUGCUUCAAAUAUUUCAGGUGAUAUGCGCUCAAAAGAUUGCUCGAACACUAGUUUGAAAGGACGAGGAUUUGAACCAGAUCAACGAUCAAAUACUCCAAUUUCAGAGUCUAAUCGUUCAUCAUCAGUAACAUAUACUGUUCUUCCUGAUUCUAUGAGAAAUCAAACCUUCACACCAACUCAAUCAGCUGAGAUACAGCAGCAGCAACCAUCACAAGGUACUAUUACUUAUCAAUCUCAACAACAAAUUCCUUCAUAUUGGAUUCAGCAAAAUAAUUCUCCACAAGAAAAUAUUGCGGGAACACCUCCUCCAAAAGAAGGCACUUUACAUUAUGUUGAUUAAUAUUAUUAUUUUUAAAACAUAGUUGGAAAGACUAUUUUUUUAGGUAUUUUUAUACAUAAUACAAGUAUCAUGAAAAAUAUUUUAAUAAAAUAAAAAUAUUGUUUCAUA